AUGAGCGAUCACAUGUCCGCGGACGUUAUCAUCGUCACCGGUGUCAAGAAUAACCCGGAGCCGGCGCACGUCAUCUGCGCCCUCUUCCUCGACACACUCCACUCAGCGAGCUCCACUAGCACCCCUGCAACACUCAGACUCGACCUCCUCAUCCCUCACAUCGAAUUUGAAGAGCGCGAUACAACUACAGAGGAACAACGGAUAAGCGCCAUGACCCAAACACAAGAGAUCGACAUCGGAUCGUCCGGCAGCGCAAAGGCGCACAAGGUGCCCCGCCUCAGUCCGGAGGGCAAGGCGGCACUCGACGCUAUCCUCAAGAAGGCGGUUGAGUCCCGCGUGGUGCCCGCCAUGCACUUCGCCGCGACGACGAAGGACGGCGUGAUCUAUGCCGGUCAGGCGGGAGAGAAGGUCUUCGACGAGCCUGAAAAGGGGCAGCUGUACUCCCAGACCAAGCUCGUCACUGGCGUUGCUGCCCUGCAGCUCGUCGAGUCCGGCGUCUUGUCAUACGAUGACCCCGCCAUCGUGGAGAAGUACGCCCCCGAGCUGUGGGAGCAGCCCGUCCUCCUCUCCUUCACGGACGGCAAGGCGGAGACCGAGCCCCGCAAGGUGCCCCUCACCCUCCGUCAUCUGCUGACCCACACAUCCGGACUGGGAUAUGGCUUUAUGUCUCCCCCGCUCAUGGCGUACAACACGGCGCACGGCCUCGGCAAGACCUACGGCGGCACAGCCGCUGAUCUGGCGCAACCUCUCCUCUUCCAGCCCGGCAGCCGGUUUGGGUACGGCAUCGGCAUUGACUGGGCCGGCAUCAUCGUCGAGCGCGCGUCUGGCCUCAAGCUGAACGAGUAUUUCCAGAAACACAUCUUUGCACCCCUGGGCCUGAUAGAGGACGACGUGACAUUCUUCAACCGGCCCGAAAUCGUCGAGCGGUGGCAGCGCGUCACGACGCGUAAUGCCGAGGGCAAGCUCGUCCUCACACAGCCGAGGCGGCCGCUGACGGGUGAGCCGGGACAGCUCUCGGGCGGCGGAGGACUGUGGGGCACCAACAAAGCUUAUCUCACCUUCCUCCGCGGCCUGCUCGCCUCUCAGGACGGGAACGGGAUCGUGAGCCCCGAGGGAUUCAAGUUGCUGUUCGAGGAUGCGCUGCCGACUAGGGCAGAUGGGAACACGGCUCACGCCAACCUCGCACGUAUGGUUGGAUCGGGUACGACGACGGCGGUCGACCCCGCUCUCUGCGACAAUGGUGGCCAGGGACUGGGUCACUCUAUCGCCAUGUGCGUCAACCUCCUCGACAGCGCUGGAGGGCGGAGGAAGGGAAGCGGCACCUGGGGCGGUAUCGCGACGACAGAGUUCUGGCUCGACCCCGAGGCUGGUAUCGCGGCUUGCGGCGGAACGCAGUUCCUCCGGAACCGCGAGGUUGAGGACAGAACGCAGAAAGAUCCGUUCGCGAAGGUAUGGCACGAGCUCGAGACGACACUGUACAAGUACCUCGAGUACUAG